AUGGACCAGAGUGUGUCGCGCACGGCGGCGACGGCGCAGAGCCCGACGGUCCAGGACACAGAGGCAUAUUCCCGUCAGGACCUCGACCAGGACCCUCUCAAUCGAGGCUGUCAUGCGACACGUCCAGCAGCACCGGAGGCGAGACAAGCGGCGCACAAGCAGUUGGGCCAGCGAGGCUCGAGGCAUGCGAUGGAGGAACCCGCUCUGUGGCUGGAAGAAGAAAGGCGAGGCGGCCAGGGUUACUGA